GAGAAGCUGUAAACGUACUUCAUUGUCCCCUCUUCCUUCUACGUCCCGUUUGCAUUGAGACUGUCGUAUACCCCCAACACUACCAUCUCCUCCUCGCCCACCAUGGCAUCCUCAGAUGAGAAAAAUUACUACAAUGAGAAAGACGCAUCCUACGUUGUCGAGCCUCCUGUCGAGGAGCCCGUUGGAGUUGGUCGCGUGACUGGUCUCAAGAGACGUCUGCCCCGCUUCAGCCUUGAGGUUCGUCAGGAGGAAAGUAGUUUUGCUGCCACAAAGAGCGCCUCGAAUGCCGACUUCGAUCCAAUCCCUCCAUCAAAGCGUACCUGGAACUGGGGCGCAUAUGUGGCCUACUGGAUGGCCGAUGCUUGGGCUGUCUCGAACUGGGAAGUCGCUUCUUCCAUCAUCGCCGUCGGCCUCAGCUGGAAAAUGGCAAUCGGAGCCUGCGUCCUGGGCAACUUUAUCAUGGGUCUCGUCAUUACCAUCAAUGGCAGAAUGGGUGCCAGACUUCACACUCCGUUCCCUGUUCUCUCACGCAUGCCAUUUGGCUACUACUUCAGCUACUUCGUCGUCGUGUCCCGCUGCGUCCUCGCCAUCGUCUGGCUCGGUGUCCAAACCACGACUGGGGGUCAAUGCAUGACCGUUCUACUCACAGCUAUCUGGCCAAGCUUUGCCAACAUUCCUAAUCACAUACCUGCGAGCGAGGGGAUCACUACAGCAGGAAUGGUUGGCUUUUUGCUCUACUUCCUGCUCCAACUUCCCUUCUUGUGCAUACCAUACACCAAGGUCCAAUACUUUUUUGCUUUCAAGAGUAUUAUUGCCCCAAUAAUUUUCUUGGCCAUUUUUGGUUCUACAUUGCACAAGGCCGGCGGCACCAUCAGUAACAGCACAGUCAUCACUCAAGGCACCACUUUGAGCGGUUCGACCCUUGCAUGGGCCUUCUUCGGCAAUCUCAAUGGAGUCUUGGGCAACUACGCCACCUUGGGCCUAAACAUCGCCGAUUUUUCGAGGUACUCCAACAAGCCCAGCGCACAGAAUGUCCAAGCCAUCGUGAUCCCCGUAAUCUUCACUAUUGUUGGAUUGCUCGGCAUCUUCACUGCCGCCGCCUCUCAGACGGCGUAUAACGAAAUCAUCUGGAACCCCAUCGUAAUCAUCAAUCUCUGGAUGAAGUCGGGGUCCCACGGUGGCCGGGCUGCUGCGGCCUUUGGCGCCAUCGGCUUGAUCAUCGUCACCCUCGGUAUCAAUAUCUCUGCCAACUCCAUAAGCGCAGCCAACGACCUCAUGUCUUUCUGUCCCAAGUACAUCAACAUCCGCCGUGGCCAACUGCUUGCUGCCGUCAUUGGUAGCUGGGGCUUUGUUCCGUGGAAAAUCCUCGCAUCAGCCGCAAAAUUCCUUGCAUUCCUCGGCGGUUACACCAUUUUCCUGGGUCCCAUGACAUCAAUCCUUAUGACUGAUUACUACAUUGUUCGGCGGGGUAAAGUGUCCGUACCUGACAUGUACAACUUCCACGGCAUAUACCGCUAUUCACCCAGAUUCGCCACCAACUGGCGCGCUGUCGUCGCCUUCUUUAUCGGCUGCAUUCCCCCGCUUCCCGGGUUUGUCAACAAUAUUGUUGAGGCUGGCAACGGCAAGACAAGCGUCUCUUUGGGCGGUCAACACCUUUUCGCCAUCGGGUAUAUCUACUCCUUCAUUGCCGCCGGCGUCUUUUACUGGGGUUUCAAUCGCUUCUUCCCACACACCGAGUCCAUCAUGGACCAUGCCGAGACGGGCGAGGACAUUAUUGCGGCCAACGAUGCCAAGAAUAUGGAGGAGCGCCGCGCCAGCUGGGCUGAGCGGAGGCCAAGUGCAGUCUCGAGAUUUUUCCAAGUUUAGAGUCUCCCAAACGACUUCGCCUGGGGAACGUCUGUCGACGCGCAUCCGCAAUUUGGAGCUCCUCCUACACGCCUAUAUUGGUAUGUCCAAUAGCAUUCGACGGGUUGGGCAGCAGUUUGAGAUAUGACUCUUGAAGAGAUGGUGCGAUGAGCCGCUGAGAGCCAGCCAACCUCUGGGCUGUGGUGAACUAUCCACUGGGGACAACGUGAAUCACGAUCUCUAAAAUAUUCUGCGGGUCUAUACACAAUGGAUUUUAGCGAGCAAUGUAGAAACACAUGUCUGGCACGGAAUCUGGGACAUCCGAUUAUUAGGGGCAAGACGAGGCCCUCAUUGCUUAGAUCAUAGUGCCGCUCAGGCAUUGCUCAAAUGAGGUCUAUUUACCGGACACACCCGCAGCUUUGGU